CCCACGCUUGCCUUCGACAGUGAGUCUUGCUAGCUGUCGCGCGCUGUAAUACCAGAGCCAUUCAAACUUAAGUAGCUAGUCGGUGAUCUGAUUUAACACAAGCCCUCACCUCAGGGACAGUUAGCUUCACCGAGGCGCUCGGGGACUGUUGCUUACCGGUGUUUGGCAGCCGACGAAGGGACGCAGCAAAGAUGUCCAAAGACACGGAAGGGAAGAGCGAGAAAAUUAUGGAUAUGGAGAGCAAGGUGUUGUGGUACCCGGACUCCAAGAGGAACACACAGAUGGACAAGUUUAGGAUACAGGUCAACGGGGACUACGGACUUAAUCUGGUUAACUACAAUGAUCUGUACCAGUGGUCGGUGGACAGCUAUCCAGAGUUCUGGGCAGAGGUGUGGCGCUUCAGUGGAAUAGUCAGCUCCAAACCAUAUGAAGAGGUAGUGGAUGCAUCCAAGCGGAUCUCAGAUAUUCCAGAGUGGUUCAAAGGGGCUCGACUCAACUACGCUGAGAAUCUGCUCAAACAUGCAGACCAGGACAAAGUAGCUCUCUACGCAGCAAGGGAGGCAAACGAGGAGAUUUUAAAGGUGACGUUUGGAGAGCUCAAGCGUGAUGUGGCAUUGUUUGCUGCAGCCAUGAGGAAAAUGGGAGUCCAGACUGGAGAUAGGGUUGUAGGCUACCUACCCAAUGGUAUCCAUGCAGUGGAGGCCAUGUUAGCAGCAGCCAGCAUUGGAGCCAUUUGGAGCUCCACAUCUGUCGACUUUGGAGUCAACGGUGUCCUUGACAGGUUUUCUCAAAUCCAGCCUAAACUGAUCUUCUCUGUUGCUGCUGUGGUUUACAAUGGCAAAACGCAUGACCACAUGGAAAAACUGACCAGUGUUGUCAAAGGUCUUCCUGACCUGAAGAAAGUAGUUGUGAUUCCCUAUGCUCGCUCCAAACACGAGACCGACCUUUCCAAGAUCCCCAACAGCAUAUUUCUAGAUGAUUUCUUGGCAUCUGGGUGUGGUGAGGGCGACCAGUUUCCUCAGCUGGAGUUUGAGCAGCUUCCAUUUAGUCAUCCUCUGUUCAUCAUGUACUCCUCUGGAACCACAGGAGCUCCUAAAUGUAUGGUCCACUCUGCUGGGGGCACGCUCAUCCAACACUUGAAGGAGCACAUUCUCCAUGGCAACAUGACCAGCAGUGAUGUCAUCAUUUACUACACAACGACUGGCUGGAUGAUGUGGAACUGGCUGGUGUCUGCUCUGGCAGUGGGAGCCUCAGUGGUUUUAUAUGACGGUUCACCACUAAUGCCCACACCCGAUGUACUGUGGAACCUGACAGACCAGCUGGGCAUCACUAUCUUUGGUACUGGGGCCAAGUGGCUGUCUGUGCUGCAGGAGAGGAACCUGAAACCCGCGGAAACACACAACCUCCAGUCUCUCCACACCAUCCUGUCAACUGGAUCUCCUCUCAAACCACAGAGCUACGACUACGUCUACCGCUGCAUCAAGAGCAACGUGCUACUGGGCUCCAUCUCAGGUGGCACCGACAUAGUGUCAUGUUUCAUGGGACAGAACCCAACAGUUCCUGUGUAUCGGGGCGAGAUCCAAACUAGAAACCUUGGCAUGGCUGUGGAAGCCUGGAGCCUUGAUGGUAAGCCUAUAUGGGGAGACAGUGGUGAGCUUGUCUGUUUAAAGCCAAUCCCCUGCCAGCCAACACACUUCUGGAAUGAUGAGAAUGGGAGCAAAUACCACAAAGCAUACUUUUCUACAUAUCCUGGUGUGUGGGCUCAUGGAGACUACUGUAAAAUCAACCCAAAGACAGGAGGCAUUGUCAUGCUGGGCAGAAGUGACGGUACGUUGAAUCCCAACGGAGUCCGAUUUGGCAGCUCAGAGAUCUACAACAUUGUGGAGGCGUUUGAGGAAGUGUCAGACAGUCUUUGCGUUCCGCAGUACAACACAGAUGGAGAAGAGCGAGUUAUUUUGUUCUUAAAGAUGGCACCUGGUAAGCCCUUCUGCCCGGAGUUGGUGGCAAAGAUUAAAGGAGCCAUUAGAAAAGCUCUGUCUGCCCGACACGUCCCUGCGCUGCUGCUGGAGACCAGAGACAUUCCUUACACCAUCAGUGGCAAGAAGGUUGAAGUGGCUGUGAAGCAGGUGAUUGCAGGCCGGGAGGUGGCACAGAGAGGGGCUUUCUCCAAUCCUGAUUCACUGGACCUCUACAAGAACAUUCCUGAACUGCAAAACUUUUAGAGAUGAGGCUUCACAGAGCUGGACAGAGGACCUGCAAAAGAGAACCACCUGAGGAGAGUUCAGCUUAGUUUUUAAAUUAAGUUCAUUCAAAUUGACAGGUACAGGGAGACAUGCAAAGUGUAGUGCAAGGGUAGUUCACAGAAGCAUUCAAAGAUUUUGUACAGGACACAAAAAGAAAAAAAAAUAUGUAUUUCAGUAUGAUGAGAUAAUGAUACACAUAAUUUGUAUAUUUAAUAUAUAAUAAUAAGUCCAUGGUAUCAGGCAGAUGAGAGAGUUUAAAAAUAUGAGAUAAACUGCUCCAUAGCCUAGCUUGCAAUCAAGUGAUCAAGCAGCUGCUUUUAGUCUACCAUGUCAUGCAAGUAAAUCUUAAACUGGAUUCAGCUUUGGAUGUAAUAUGACAUGCUUAGCAGCACUGGUGAAUAAGCUCAUGCUCUGAACAAUGGAGAAGUGAAAUUUAGCAUUGAGCGCUUUGCUUUGGCUUCACAGUCCGAUUGCUAUCGGCUAGUGAAGAACCAUAUCUCUCCGUGUCACCUGCUUUAACCCCAGUGUUGGUUCUGAGCCGGUCCUGGGCUGAAAAUCCAUGGAAGUGUGCAGAUAAACACACAUUCAAACACCUCGGAUUAACACCUCAGCUGUGGCUCAUAUCACCAUAUCAUUGUUAUGUGGUGUGUGUUGCUUUAUUAAAUGUGUGUGUGUGUAUAUAUACAUAUAUAUAUAUAUAUAUAUAUACCUACCUAUGAGUAUAUAUUUUUGGACUGUGAAACAUUAGGAUUAUACAUUUAAAGGUACUGACUGAAAAAUGUUAACCAAAGUUAUUCAGUGGGUUGUAACAUGUCACCGGAUAUAGGUUAAAUGAACCAGAGAUUCCAGAUAAAACAAAACUUACUGAACAUCUGUCCAAACCUAAAAAGUUAUUGACCCCUUGUGUACUACAUGCUUAGUCCUAACCCUCAUCUGACACAUAACAUUUCAUUCCACCCAAGACAUUAAGGCAUGAAACUCUCUUCUUCUACUUAAGUUUUUUUGUAACAGUAGCCUUCAAUUAUGAAACUGUUUUAGAAACAAGUCAUUGAAGAUCAAGUGUGACCUGAAAACUAAGCAAAUGUUCUUAUCACCACAAAAGACUGUAUUUAUUAGCUCCAUAUCAAUGUUCCAUGUUUGUCAUAACUCUGAGAAAAAUGUGUUCUCUUCAGAUAGCUACAGUACAGUCUGUUUUUGCUUUGUACAUGGGAAAACUAUUAUUUAUUCAAAAUUUACUCUUGCUGUGUGACAAUGCCUAAAGUCUAAUUAAUGUUGUUAACGAUGAACUGCAGUGGUUUUGGUCAGCCAGUCGCACUGAGGGACAUGGGCGUACAGCGACAAAAAACACUAAUCACUUAGUUUCCUGUUGGGAGAAAAAAAAAAUACCUGACCAGAAUGGUGAAUUGUGGAGAAAUCGCAGAAAUAAAUGUCAGAGAAGGAUUUGAUGAGCAUUUUGUAGUGAUACAGAGGUAGAAUUUUUCUCUCUGGACCUUGUGUGUUUUUAAGGGUUCUUCUUUUUUGGCUCAUGAUUAAGCCUUUGUCACUGAUUACCGUUAUUAUUUUAAGCAUGUUUAAAGAUAUGAAUGUAAACAAAUAAACUGGAAAACUCUGCAGUUCAUCCUUAAUGUCAUGCUCACUGCUUAGAUUGAAUAAAUUUCCUCUUUUAAGGUA